CCUGUGCAGGCUGCUGGAGCGACUGAGACCGGGGACGACGGAAACAUUUUUUCAGGAACCGAGGAGUGACAGCGAGUCUCAACUGAACGUCAGCGAAUUCAUCAAAGGCGUCGGGACUUUCGGCGUGGAGGUGGGUUACCGUAUUCAUGCUUUUAUGAAUAUGCUGUAAUUAAAUUUCUAUGUACGUCCACAUUAAUGUUUAUAAUUUACACCGUCUUUAAAUAGCUGUUUCCGAUUCUAUUGAUACUCAAGUGUACCUCUUGCUGUAACGGCCGGGCUGUUACAGGUGCGCACUAUUUGGCAGGAAACGACACAUGACGCGGAAAUGACGUCAUGUCACGCGGAAAUGUGACGUUGCUAUAAUCAUACAGUAUAACCGGAAUUACAAAUAACGUGGAUAAUUGUUUUCAGGGGUUUUGUCGAGUAAACAGUUGAUAAAGAGACUUAAUGAUCCCUUAUAACGAAGCACCAAUAAAGUAGCCAUGCAGUCAGUAGGUAUGUUACUAAAAAUUUCAAAAAACCUGAAUAUCAAAAUAGUCUAAAACGAAAACACGAAUAUAAUGAGUCCUAGUUUAUAAGAAUCGGAAAAGGAUUACGGAUUUUAUGCCACGUAAAUGUAAAUGAAUAGGAAAUGUGUGACCGAAACCUUGACUCUUUGAUAGAAAAAUGCCCUUAUUUUUCUUAUUUAUUGAGACCAAAAUCUAUUGAAUGAAUUUUCAAUGGUGGUUGAGCCAUCUUAUUUUCCAGGCUAAACCGAGAGCAAGCCCAUCGUCAGAAUUAUUUAAAACGUCACAGAAAACAAGAAUAAUAACAGUUCAUCACGUCCAUAUAGUUUUCAAUCGUGUCCUAAUCCAAUGAAAGUGUGAUUUGGGUCGCCAAAAUCGAGGAACAUUUUUUAUCUUUGUCAGAACCACAGAAAAUCUCUUCUGAAUUGAACAUUUUAAAAAACAAGGUGGUAAAGGGAUUUUCCAAUGGAAUCGGAAAAGAACAAGAAUUAGCUUGUGUGAAACAAUCGAAAAUGCGAUUUUGGUGGACCUCCACGAAAUCCAAGUACUGGAAAUCCGGCACAGUGAAAUGGAACGAAAAUGGCGGCUGUUUUUCUUGAUUUAGUAACAUACUUUAAGUCAGUCACCUGUGUAAAUAAGGCUAAAUUAUCAAGUUAAUUGCAUGUGUAAAUGCAUCCUGCCAGUGGUAGUCAUGGUAACCGGAAUAUUUCUGUUUUAGCCUCUGAUCAUACAGUGCCGAGUUUAUCUGGUAGGUGUUGUCUGAUGCACUUUCUUUUUAGACCUGAAUGACAGUUUGCAAAUACUAGCAUAUGAAAUGUUUUAACUGGAGUUCAAUAUAAAUAUGAAUGCAUCCAUCCAUCCAUCCAUCCAUUUUAUACCGCUUAUCCGAGCUUGGGUCGCGGGGGCAGUAGCUUUAGCAGGGACACCCAGACUUCCCUCUUCCAGCCACUCUUCCAGCUCUUCCGGGGGGAUCCUGAGGCAUUUCCAGGCCAGCCAAAAGACAGUCUCUACAGCGUGUCCUGGGUCGUCCCCGGGGUCUCCUCCCGGUGGGACGUGCCCGGAACACCUCACCAGGGAGGCGUCCGGGAGGCAUCCGAAUCAGAUGCCCCAGCCACCUCAUCUGGCUCCUCUCGAUGUGGAGGAGCAGCGGCUCUACUCUGCAUCACAGCCUUUUGAGGUCAAUGACCUCCUUCAGGGGCUGAACUUCACCAAGGUCCUAAACACCUUGGUUGGGCUGAACAAAGUCACUGAAGAUUCAGGUGUUUCUGUUUGUGUGCCACACUCCGUCACAUUGAGGAUUAAAUCGUUUGAUUCUCUGAACAGUCAAAGUCAGUCCUCCAAACUACAGCCACCUCAGUAUCACAGCCUUGACAUGUCUGAUGGCAGUGGGUGUGGCCAAUUUCUUUUCAAGGCACGCUUCCCUUUCCAGCAGACAAAUGAGGACGAACUCUCUUUCUCCAAGGGUGACAUCAUUAAUGUGAGCAGGCAGGAAGAGGGGGGCUGGUGGGAAGGUUCGCUUAAUGGCAAGACCGGCUGGUUCCCCAGUAACUAUGUGCGGGAACUGAAAGGAAGCGACAAGCCAUUAGACAAACCAAAGUCUGGGACGCUGAGAAAUCCCCCAAAAGGUUUUGACACCUCUAUUAUCAGCAAGACCUACUACAAUGUGGUCCUCCAGAACAUCUUGGAAGCAGAGUGUGAGUAUUCGAGGGAACUACAAAGUCUUUUGGGGUCCUACCUGCGUGCCCUCCAACCCACAGACAGGUUGAGUGGUGUUCACAUCAGCCACAUUCAAGGAAAUCUCGAGGAGAUCUCGACCUUCCAGCAGAUGCUGGUUCAAUCCUUGGAGGAGCAUACCAAGCUUCCAGAAUGUCAGCAGCGGAUAGGAGGCUUCUUCCUGAGCUUAAUGCCUCAGAUGAAGGACCUUUAUGUGGCUUACUGCGCAAACCAUCCAUCUGCUGUCAGUGUGCUCACGCAGCAAAGUGAAGAGCUCGGGGAGUACAUGGAGUCCAAGGGGGCAUCUAGUCCGGGGAUCCUGACACUGACCACCAGUUUGAGUAAACCCUUUACUCGACUGGAGAGAUACCCAACCCUGCUCAAGGAAAUGGACAGACACACGGAGGACCAACACCCAGACAGAGUUGACCUCCAAACAUGUAUGGAAUCAUUUCAAAACCUUGCCGCUCAGUGCCAGCAAGUGAGGAAGAAGAAGGACCUGGAGUUACAGAUUUUAACCGAGCCAAUCAGGAACUGGGAGGGGGAUGACAUUAGGACCCUCGGCCCUGUUCUUCACAUGUCCCAGGCUGCGGUCUGCUCUCAGAACUGUCAGGAGUCAAGUGAACGCUACCUUGUGCUCUUUCCUCACACUCUACUCUUCCUCUCGGCAAGCGUGAGAAUGAGUGGAUUCAUCUACCAGGGGAAGAUGCCACUGGCAGGCAUGCUGAUCUCCAGGAUAGAAGAUAGGGAAACCAUGAGGAAUGCUUUUGAAAUUUCUGGUGCUCAGUGCGACCGUAUGCAAGUGGCGUGCAACAGUCAGCAGGAUCUACUGGACUGGUUAGACCUUCUCACCAAACACACACACACCCCUGCUGCACACGCACACAAGACUCAGUCAGUAUGUCAAACAUUGCCCUCCCUGCCUGUCACCCCUUCCCGACACUCAGAGUCUCGUGGCGGAAGCAGCGUCUUCCACACCCUUCCUCAUCUUUCCUCAUAUGGCGGCAGCCCCAUGUGGGGGGCCUUGGAGCCAUCAACUACUCCAAAAACCUGGAGCAUGAGCUGUCUUCGGCCUGCGCCUCCUCUCCGGCCGUCUGCUGCCCUUUACAGCAAGGAGGAUAUGAGUAAGAGUCCAAAGAAUAUGAAGAAGCUGCUUCCCAAGAGAAAGCCGGAGAGGAAACCCUCUGAAGAAGACUUCAUUGUUAGAAAGAGCACAGCAGCUCUAGAGGAGGACGCUCAGAUAUUGAAAGUUAUUGAGGCAUACUGCACCAGUGCCAAGACACGACAAACCCUCAACUCUACCUGGCAAGGCACUGACCUCAUGCACAACCAUGUCCUCGCUGACUCCAGCCUCGUCGUUGCUGGCAUCCCGAGCAACCUGCCGUGUUCCGACCAAUCAGAAGACUCGGAUUAUGACAGUAUCUGGACCACCACUAGUUACAGGACUGCCUCAUUUUCUCGUUCCAGCAGGAGGGAUGUUCACAUGUUAUUCCCAGAGGAGGAGAAGAUCAUAGUGGAGGAAACCAGGAGCAACGGACAAACCGUAAUGGAGGAGAGUAAUGCCAAGCUGCCUUGCUGCUGCAGGAGCCUGGUAGACACUGUAUACAGUUUGAGAGAUGAGGUCCAGGAACUCAAACAGGACAACAAGAGGAUGAAGAGGACGCUAGAGGAGGAGCAGCGAGCCAGGAAAGAGCUUGAGAGAAUCAUCAGGAGAGUUUUGAAGAACAUGAAUGACCCAACCUGGGAUGAGACAAACCUCUGAAACUAUUAAUCUGUACAUUGGACCCUCUCAUUGGGAAAAUGCCAUGGAGAGAAAUGAGGCAGAACCAUCCCAAAUGACCUUAAAGGUGUCCAACCACUGAGCAAGAGCGAAGAUGACAUUACAUCCUGUUAGAACGACCUUCGUCAGUCAACUAACUGAAAAAGGACUUAUUUUUAGAGAGCCAAAGGAAAUAAUCACAGUGAGUCAGGUAAUUGGUGUGUGUGCUCUUGAAACCAAAGCAAUACAACGUGAUAUUUUAUAAUGUCAAUUAUGCAAUUCACUAAAUACUGUUUGGUAUUGUAUUAAUAUUGUUUUUAUAUUCUGUACUUUUUUGAUUUUGUUCUUAUUUUUUAUACUUGAAAUGGAUCACAUUGAAGAUUGCCAACAGACAAGAGAAACAUUCCUUUUUUUUCAGUUAUUACACUUAACUAUGUCAAAAGACAUUUGUCAGAUUAAAGACCUUGACUGUAUAAGCUAUACAAUGCAAUAACUGUAAAUUGUGUAUUUGAUAGCAACUCAUUCUAAUUAUGUAUUAAUGAUUAUGAUUUACAACAAUCAAACCCUUAUUUAUUUCAACGAUGUGUCAGUAAAUAUAGAAUAAAGUUCUUCCAGUAA